AUGGAUAUCCCUGCCUGUGAGUUUUAUAACUUCAUGCAGCUCACUCCACCCAUCCCGACGGUUCCAGAGAGACUAGGGGAUCAUAAACUGUUUCCCCAGAGUGACCUCAGCUUCCAGGCCACCGAUAGGUUGCUAGGGGGCCAGACACCUGGCUUCUGCCCAACCUGGUCUCAGAGAAUUUCAUAUGAUUCUGGACUAUGGUGGUUUUCGAACUUGAACUAUUCAUCCUUCAAGUUCGAAGUCCUGGUCAACAUGGACAACUUUGAGUUUGUGGAGUGGAUCGAGGAGGAAUACGGUGCUGUCCCUCAUCAUACUGUCAAGACCUGCCCAGACGUUGAGAUAUAUGUCGGCAAGAACAAAUACAGUCUGGGAAAGGUUGUGACCCAACAUAAAGCCUUCUUCCUGCCCUUGGAGGGUGAUGACUACUGGUACAAGAGCUACCAGGCCAACGACCAGAUCGAGCUGUUCAACCACCCUCUUGAGGCCUUGCAGUUCGUCAGGGUCACCAACCUGGAGUGCAGCAGUGUAGAGAAGACGGUCUUGCUGGAGAAGACCAGCACUGUUGAGAAGACCUGGGACAUCGUCUGGGAAAGCCACAACAGUUCCACCACCAUGACAGCCAAGGUGCCCAUCCUCAGUUCAGGCACCAUGGACUUCACCAAGCAGCAGACCGUGAGCUUUUCAGAGAGUACCACCAUGGUGGAGUCCAUCAGCCACUCCAUCUCUGUGGAGCUGUUGGUCCCUCCCAACCACUCCUGUACCGUGCAGAUGGAGGACAGGAAGAUGACAGCCGACAUCCCCUUCACGGGUAGACUGAGCCAGACCUACCAUAAUGGAGACAGCCACUGGACCACCAUCACAGGGACUUAUGAUGACACAAAGUGA